AUGAAGACCAUAGACCUCUUUUGUGCCUCUCCAGCAUCCACAGCCAUAUGCUCGAGCAUGGAUCAUCGUAGCAUUAUCCGCCAUGGCACGAGACCAAUCGAUCAUGGUCAUCAUCAUCAUAAGCAGCAGCAGCAGCAGCAUCAUCAUCAUCAUCUGCGUGAUCGAAAAAACCGAGCUCUUGUGCCUUGUUCAUCUCAACCACCCUUUGAUCCUAAGCCCAAUUAUUAUCAAACAAGUAGAAAUAGUACUUCUUCCAAGCAAAGUGAAGUAAGAAGAAAAAGUUCAGCAGACAUACUUGACCUUUCUAGCCAACCUCCUGGUUCCUCCUCUAGGCACCUUUUAAGUGACACACCUUUUAUAGGUUCUGAUCAUUUCUCUGCGUUGGUUCAUAAAAGCCAAUCUGUGAGACCUCAGCUCUUGCUCUCAACAAAUGAUUCUCCUGCUAAUUCUAAAUCUUCAAAAACUGGCUCUAAUUACUCUCCUGCUUUGAAAUCUUCAUCAACUAGCUCAUAUGAUUCUCCUUUAAUGGAAUCUUCUUCAACUCACAGUCGCCCAUGCAAUCAGGUUGUGGAAUUGAGGGUAUCUAUCCAUUGCAAGGGUUGUGAAGGAAAAGUGAGAAAACAUAUCUCCAGAAUGGAAGGAGUGAUCUCCUUUAGUAUAGACUUGGCCACAAAGAAGGUCACAGUGGUUGGGGAUGUGACCCCUUUAGGGGUACUCACAAGCGUCUCAAGGGUGAAGAAUGCAGAAUUUUGGCCAUCUCCGACUUCAUCAUCAUGGUCUCCAAUGGCUGGCCUGAGACACUAA